GCCAAAAUGAUCAGUAAAGUGAUCGGUGCGAAGUAUGCGGCCAUCGCCAAGUCAUGGAUCCCAACUAUGGCGGUCUGGGGCACAGCCGGAGGAGUGGCUCUGGUCCACUUCACAGACUGGCAAUUGUUUUUGGAUUAUGUCCCCUACAUCAGCGGCAAGUUCAAGAAGGACGAGUAGCGACACCCAGGUCGGUGCUGUUUUUUACACAAAGACUUAAAUAAUGAACAAGAAUGGCUGCAGCCCGCCUUGUGGUCCAGGCCACUGAAAGCUGUCAUCUGCAUCCUGCAGCUCGGUCAACAUCGAACCGUUCACCAUCAACGUCGCCUGAAAUGCGCUGGAGUUUGUCAUUUCAAAGUUCCUCAACAAGUGAAAAUUUGGAUGGAAGGAAUAUGAAAACAACGAUAAAUGGACUUUUGUUUUCUUUCCCCACUUAGUUUCAGGGUCAGGUAUUUAUUUUAAUCAUCUGCCUCAAAUUGAAAUAUAUGUCCUUCAUGUCACACUGUAAUUGUUUUAAAGUGAAAUAAAGUAUGAGAGAUGUAUCCUAUAUUGUGGUUUUGUAUAAUCAUUUCAC